CGAAAAUAAUAUGAGGAAUUUUAUUUUAUUUUGUGUGCUUUUAACGAUACAGAUUCUCACAAAAUGCUCUGCAGAUGAAGUACAUCCACGUGCCUCAUAUAAACCCACAUAUAAUUUUACGCCCAUCGCUGAAGAGAUGUCAACAGAGUUUUGGAUGAAUAAAGCACAAAAUAUACUAUCGGAAAAAUUAGCACAAACCGUGCAACGAAAUCUCAAUGAAGCUAAAAAUAUAAUUUUGUUUCUGGGUGGUGGCAUGUCAAUGCAGACAUUCACGGCAGCACGUAGUUUGAUGGGCGAUAGCUCAAAGCAGAUAUCGUUUGAAAAAUUUCCCUACAUUGGACUCACAAAGACUUACGCUAUAAACCAGCGCGUACCUGAUGCGGGUUCAACAACGACUGCCUAUUUAAGUGGUGUAAAGAGCAAUUAUGGAACAAUAGGCGUCACUGCACAAGUGCAACGUAAUGAUUGCCAUGAAGCUAGCAACACAAGCACACAUACAGAGAGUCUAGCGAAAUGGGCGCAAGAUGCGAAAAAAUGGACAGGAUUUGUAACAACAGCACGAGUAACAUAUGGUUCACCGGCAGGAAUUUAUGCGCACACUGCGAAUCGAGAUUGGGAAACUGAUGGGGAUGUAGAAAGAAGUGGUUGCAGUUCCAAAACAAAUACGGAUAUUGCGCGCCAAUUAAUUGAAGGACCUGUUGGUCGUAAUUUGCGUGUAGUCUUAGGUGGUGGACGUCGCAGUUUCCUCGAUGUGCACACAAAUGAUGAAGAAGGUUUACCUGGCAUACGUACAGAUAAACGUAAUCUCAUUAAGGAAUGGCUCAGUGAGAAAAAAUCUCAGGGACUGCUAGCAAAUUAUGUUUGGUCGAAAAAAGGACUACAAAAAGUAGACUUGAGUAAAUGUGAAUACUUGUUAGGGCUUUUUAGUAAUUCACACUGUCCUUAUCACGGUGAUCUGGAACGUGAAUAUCUCACAAAUGCAAGACCAUCUUUAACUGAUAUGACAGAAGCAGCAAUACGAGUUCUGAGUAAAAGUGAAAAUGGAUACUUUUUAUUUGUUGAUAGUGCAAAAAUUGAUAUGGCUCAUCACGACACCAAGGCGCAUAAAGCAUUAGAGGAUGUUGUCGAAUUAGCACGUGCAGUGGAAUUGGCUCAAAAUAUGACAAGCACAAAAGACACAUUAAUUGUGGUAACUUCAAAUCAUGCGCAUACAAUGACAAUAAAUGGUUAUCCAUACCGUGAUCAAAACAUAUUUGGAUUAGCGCCAUCUAACGCAGAUGAUGGUCUGCCAUAUACUAUACUCUCAUAUGCCAAUGGUCCAGGCUAUACAGAGACAUACUCCACAGAAACUGGUAGACUUAACUUAAGCACAGUCAACUUAAAUAAUCCAAAUCACAGAUAUAUGACAACAGUGCCAUUGUCAGCAAGCACACAUGGCGGAGAGGAUGUAGGUGUUUUUGCAUCAGGUCCAUUUGAGCACUAUUUUACAGGAAAUUAUGAACAAACAAGCAUUCCAGCUCUCAUGGCACAUGCAGCAAAUAUUGGCCCAUUCACAAAGAACAUUAUUAAUAAAUAAUUACUUAUAACUUCUUUUGAUAUGUACAUCUAUGUGUGUAUGUAUCUUAAGAACAUCAGCUCUACUGUUAUUAAUCAAAAGUCUAUUUUUACAUGCUCAUAUGAUUGUAGACUACACAUUCUUGUAGUUUUUACAAUUUAAUUAAAAAA